AUGGCCGAACUGCAGGGCGACAAGCCCGCGGCCGACAAUGUCGACAACGUCGACAACGUCGAGACGCGCAAUCUCGCCUACGACGACGAGUACGACAACAGCCCGGCCGCGCGGGCCAUGACGCGCCGCAUCCUGUGGCGGCUCGACACGCGCAUUCUGCCGGUGCUCGCGCUCUUGUUCCUGUGCUCGUUCCUCGACCGCACCAACGUCGGCAACGCGCGGCUGUACGGGCUCGAAAAGGAGCUCGGCAUGGACGCCGCCGACGUGCAGUACGACCAGGGGCUGGCCGUGUUCUACGCGACGUACAUUGUCAGCGAGGUGCCGAGCAACCUGGUGCUCAAGCGCGUGACGCCGCGCGUGUGGCUGCCGUUCCUGACGUUUGCGUGGGGCGUCGUGAGCAUGUGCCAGGGCUUCAUCCAGAACUUUGCCGGCUUCGUGGCCGUGCGCGCCGUGCUGGGCUUCACCGAGGGCGGCCUGCUGCCGGGCAUGGUGCUGUACCUGUCGAGCAUGUACACGCGGCGCGAGCUGGCGCUGCGCAUCGGCCUGUUCUACACGGCGGCGUCGCUCUCGGGCGCCUUUGGCGGCCUGCUGGCGCGCGGCCUGUCGGAGCUCGGCGGCCACAGCGGCAUGUCCGCGUGGCGCUGGAUCUUUAUCAUCGAGGGGCUCCUCACGGUGGCGGCCGCGGCCGUGGCCGCGCUCGUCCUGCCCAACGGGCUGGUGGGUGCGUCGUUUUUGAGCGAGCAGGAGAAGGCGCACGCGGCACGGCGGCUGCAGCGAAACGUGGUCACAGGCAGCACGGGCAGCACGGGCAGCACGGGCAGCAUCAUGAAUCCAGAGCACGAGGCGGCCGAGACGUUUAGCUGGCACGAGGUCGGGCGGGCGGUGUUCAGCUGGCAGACGUGGCUGUCGGCAUGUGCCUACUUUGGCAUCCUGUCGGGGCUGUACUCGUUUGGGCUAUUUCUCCCCACGAUCAUUGCCGCCCUCGGCCACACGGCCAACGCGGCCCAGCUGUGGUCGGUUAUCCCGUACGCAGUGGCGUCUGUCGUUACAGUCAUUGUCGCUUUUGCGUCCGACUAUUUCCAGGUCCGCGGCGUCAUCAUGCUGGUCACGAUGCCCAUUGCCAUUAUCGGCUACGCCGUGAUUGCCAACGUCCACAGCCCCAGCGUCAAGUACGGCAUGACCUUUUUGAUGGCCACGGGCCUCUACAGCAGCGUCCCGCCCGUGCUCGGCUGGCUCGCCAACAACUCGGCCGGCCACUACAAGCGGGCCACGGCGGCGGCGCUGCAGCUGGCGAUUGCCAACUGCGGCGGGUUUGUCACCGUGUUUGUGUACCCGUCGACACAGAGCCCGCAGUUCCACAAGGGCCAUACGAUCAUCCUGAGUCUGCUGGUGGCCGGGUGGUUUUUGAUUCUGGGCAAUGUGGUGUACUGCUACAAGGUCAACAAAGACAAGGUGAGCGGCAAGUACGACCAAUACAUUGGGACAGGAGACGACCGGGAUCCGUCGUUCCGGCUGGUGCUGUAG